CCCUCGCCCACGCCCACACGCCCACACGCCCACGCCCGCGCCCACGCCCACGCCCAAGCCCACGCCCAUCCACCAGCCCAGCCCUGGCCAGCAACUUUGUGUGCCAGCAGCUAGCCUAUCGUCGUUCGAGAGUACUUUGCUACUACUAUAUCGUGACGCGCGCCGCUGCGUGUGGGAGGGAACGGCUAUGUACUCCGGCCACUAUGGCUUUCCCAAUGCUGCCGGCGCCCCACCUCCACAGAACCCUCAUUUGCAGCCUGGCCAAGGUCCGAAUCCCAACCAGGCCCAGCAGCAACAGAUGAUGUACAAUCCACAACACUUCCCCAUGGGUCCUCAAGGCGGCGGCUUUCCUGGCGCUCCCAAUAUGAUGCCGGGAGCUGGUCCUGCAGGCGGCAUGAUGCAGAACAACGGCAUGCCUAUGGCCGUCUCCAAUGGCCAGAUGCACAACUAUCCAGCUUCUUACUCCCACUCGCCAUACGGCGGUGGCAUUCCCACCUCUGUCGCGCCCCAAAUGAACGUACCCCCCAACUACGCCAUGGGCGGCGGCAUGCCUAUGUCCGGCUUCCCAAUGCACCCGGGACAGAUGACUCCACAGCAGCAGCAGCAACAGCAGAUGAUGAUGCAACGUAUGCAGCAGCAGUCGCAUCCGUCAAGUGCCGGGGGAAUGUCCGCUUCCACACCACAACGCCCAUUUCCUGUCCAAGGUCAUGGUCCAGGUCCCCAAGGGACACCGACUCCGACAACCCAACAACAGUUCGCGACACCGCAGAACGCUCAAGGCACUCCGCGGGCGCAGACACCGAAUAGCGCACACCCGCAACCUCAGCAACCAUCCUCAGCGCACGCUCAAACGCCACAGACCCCGACCUUCCCCUCCAGUGUUCAGACGGGAACCAUCAACGGGGCAUCAUCGAAUUCGACGCCACUGAGUCCAGGGGGCGAUUCUCGGGACAAAGAGAGACUCGCGGUCAUACUAGAAAUCAACAAUGAGCUGCUAUUGGAGGCCAUGCAGCUUCAGCAUACACAGGCAGUUCUGAAGAAGGAGCACGCAUCGCCCAGAGAUGGGGCCGCCAGCGAAUUGGAGAAGAAACCCACUGAAGUUGAAGACCUUGUGUCUCAGGAUUAUGUCCAAGUCAUGCGCAGACUACAGAGCAAUCUGUCUUAUCUGGCGUCACUUGCAGAUAAGAAGGGCUCGGUACAAGCUGCGCCAUGCCCAGCUUACCUGAAGCCACCACCUCUUAAUACCAAGGUGAAGUUGAGGCAAAUGCCCGGACCUGAUGGGGUAGAAGGCAAGCCAGAAGCUACGGAUCGCGAAGAGACGGCCAAGUAUAUGCAGGAACUAUACACCAAGCUCCAGGGUCUCUACCCGGGCAUUGAUCCAAAUAAGGAACCUGCGCAUCAGAUGCCCAAUGCGCGGCCCGGAGCGCCAGGUCUCAGUGGCCCAAAGCUCGGGUCUCAGACACCGAAUCAAGCCAGUCCUGUCCCCGGAAACAAGAACACUCCCCAGCUGGCGGCAUCGGCACCUCAACCGCAAGUAAACCAAUCGACCGUCAACGCGACCCCAUAGGAUCCGGCGGUGGCAAGCAACCGACCUCAGCAACCAUAGACGAAACCAUGGCCGGGCUCAUAUUACUUGUCGGGAACCACCGUUGCGGUGAGAAUUUGAUCCCGAGGAUCCUCAAGCUGGACGCAAUUCUCUUGUCAUUGUUCGUUGCGAGGCUUUUCCUGUCUCGUACUUCUAUAGAAUAUGCCUGCGACAUGAUUUGAAGUCGUCUGGUUUUAUCAGCGAAGACCUGUAAGAGGCGUCGGAGUUAAGGUUGUUUGAAAUUAUGGAAAGGAUGUUGGAUACUGACGUCGGAAGUAUAUACCACUCACAGAAGUACUGUAUAGUUUGAGAGAUUAAAAUAGUACCCAAGAGACUAUGGAUCCCCCAGCAGUAGAAACGCAUCAUCGAGAUUCACUACCAAUUUGCAGUUACCAGUGAGGGGCUAACAUCAUUCGUCAAUGUUGUGCUUAG